GCCUAGUUUCGCUUUCGGUUUGACAAGUCAGGUGAGGUUAUAUCAUAUCAAAAGCGAAAAUAGUUUCAAAGAAUGGGCCAAACCCAGGCUAACAGAAAUCACAUCUAGUUAUGUGAGGCACAACAAAAUUGUGGAAACUGUAACUAAAUCAUCGUGAGUAGUGGGUAUCAAAUGGACCCACCAGGCAACAACUACCAGCAAAGCCAUGGAGGCCAAAUACAGCCAAACAGGACAGAUUUGCCAAUGCAGCAACAAUGGAAUUGCACAGCAGUAAUGGAAGGCAAUGGACAACAAGGAGCUGAUAGAAGCCAAAUGCAUCACACCACACAACAGACCCUGCCUAACCCUCCAAUGCCACAACCAGAGUAUGGCUAUCCUCACUACGGACAUCAGCCAUUGCCACUGUUAUGUUACUGUAGCAAUAUACCACCACACUAUCAUUAUUUUGAUGGUAGUAUGUAUGUGCCAAAUGCUUACAUGCAACAUACAGCAUACAACCAACAGUCUACUCAACCACAUUCUGUGACAAAUGACACGAAUUAUGGGCAAGGGCAAGCUGGCUUACACUACCAUACACCUCCAGUUCCAAACGCCAUGGGUGCCUUUUCUGCAAGUCAUUAUGAUGAGCACACUCAGCAGACUCGGUAUCGUACUCAAAAUGCAGCUGAGCAAGGUCAGGCUUAUCGAUAUCAAUCAGCACAAGCCCAGGGUGGUCGAUCGCAAGAUGUGGCAAACCAACCCCCUCAACACCCAGGGUAUCACCCCAAUACAGACCCAGAGACUUAUUGUAACCGUCAACCUGCUGGUCAUGCAAGAUCAGGACACUUAUCAGCAACUUCUCAAGGAGAGACUCCCCCAACAACACCAGGACUUCCUCAGAUGCAGCAGUCCAAUCCUGAUCCACAGGUGGGCCUGAACCUACAUUACUCUAACAGUGCAAGCCCAGCUGUUAGACAAAGAAGCAAGGAUGACACUGACAGUACUCCUAGAGAUAGUGUCAGUGAUCUAACAGAAGGCCUUGAGAAGCUGAAUGUUAAUGAUGAUUUGAGAGAUGGAGGGAAUGUGACAACCGACAAACACAAACUCCCAAUUGGAGGCACUGAUUGUUGGAAAGACCCUCAACAGCUCGGCGAUAUUGAAGGAGCAGGAACCAGGCCUGUUGCCAUGGAGUAUUAUUCUGAUAGAUUCCUGCUAUCUGGACUCAAAACCAAUGUCUUGGAAGAGACUUUAAUGCACUAUGCUGAAGUCACUAGUGAAUGUGAUGUCAAAAGUGUUGAGUAUACACGUGACGAAACACGAGCAGUCGUAACUGUUGAUCAACAUCCAGAUUGGGAUUCACUGGAGAAGAAGGUGAAAAAAAGAAAACUGGAGAAUGAAAGAGUGGAAAUACAUAAAAUUGCUCUUACACAAAGUAUUUGUGUACAUGGAAACUUCAACAGGAACCAAGAAGACAUAUUUAUUAAUUAUUUUGAGAACAUGAAGAGCGGAAACAAGGGAUGGAAAGUGACCAAAGCUGAAAUCAUGCAGGAUCUUGUGGUUGUGACAUUUGAGUGCCCAGAAGCUGUGGAUGCUGUCCUUUCUCAGCCAACACACCAUUUCUCAGGAAAUACAUGGAAAGUAGACAUUUUCUACCCUGACAUUGGAUGUGUCCAAGAAAGAUCCAAGAUGGCAAAUACAGAAUGGAUUUCAGAUAUGAUAUUAGGUGAAGUAAGAUUGAUGAAAGUAACUGGAUUCCUCGACUCUUUGAAGACUAACCUCUGUCACCUUGUAGAGGCGUCAGUGGAGGGAGACACCAAAGUGAAAUUGAAGGGGACAGAUACAGAUGUUGACACAGCAAAAGAGGAUGUAAGUCAGUUCCGAGAGCAGAUAAAGAGGAUGCAAAUUAGUUGUUCCGUUGCAAAGAGAAAAUACCUUGAGAGUGAGUCUGGCAGGAGGUACAUGGAAAAGGAACUCAUUCUGAAGGGUAUUAAAAGUGCCUGGAGUCCUGACACAAACACAAUUGAAAUCUUUGCAUCAUCUGAUAGGGAUUUGCAAAAGACAGAGUUGUGGAUCAGGAAACAUAUAAAAGAACAGCAAUUCAAUGUUCCACAGAUGACUGCUCUUGAGUUUGAUAAAAAGAUCAAAUCUUUGCAACAAGACUUGGAGGAUGAGUACCCACCUGGAUCAUACAAGUUUGACGUCUGUCAGAACACCAGAUGUAUGGAUGUAGUGGCACAGCAUGAGUUCUCAUAUUAUUUGUUUCAGGCAGUUGCACAUUGCUUCCCUAAACCAGUUCCAGAUGAACAUACACAGAUAACAUUUCCAAAGUGUCAGUUCCGAUUCAUACAGAAACACAUGCAGGACAAGGUACAGCAGAUGAAGUCUGAAUACAGGGUCCAGUUGGAAUUCAAAGAAGAAGAAUGUCAGCUUGAGAUCAAGGGUGAAGGGGAAAUGGUUAAAAAAUCAAAGGCUCUUUUGUCUGAAAGUGGUUUAAGAAAUGAAAUUCUUGCACUUGGAUCAGCAGAAUCAGAAGACCUUCUUCAAUCAGGUCAUCUUCAGUGUUUGGAAGCUUAUGUUGAAAGAACAGAAAGGUGCACCAUCUCGCACGAGGUAACAGGUGAUAUUCACAGCAAGGAUAUGCAUGCUGCCAUGGAAGCAUCUGGUGCAACAGGAGGUUACAGAGAAACAGGAGACAGAGAGGAUUAUGGGAACCACACAGAUCAAAGGCAUGCACGUGAUCAAGAACCUCCAAGUUCAAAUUCCAGGUUCUAUGUUCCAAGCCCUGAUAUGCAAGACAACACCGGUGCAAGUGGAGAUGGUUGGAAGGAUGUCCAGAAGAAAAGUAAAAGGGCUAACCGCAAAUUUGUGACAGGUUCAAGAAUACAUAUCAUCCUUAGGAAAGGAGAGCUAGCUAAAGAAAAGGUUGAGGUAAUUGUCAACACUGUAGGAAAAGAUAUGGCGUGGAAGUCUGGAGCUUUAUCAAAAUCCAUUGUUGAAGCUGGAGGAAAGACAUUGCAGGAAGAAUGUGAACACAUCAAGUAUUUAAAAGAGGGAAACUACACUGUGACGGGUGGUGGUAAACUGUCAUGUAGAUAUGUUUUCCACUGCUGUCUGCUUCCUGCCUAUCACGUGACUGCUGGACAGAAACUUGAAGAUCUUAUUCAUAUGAUGUUGAAGUAUGCAGACGCCUUGAAAGUCAAAUCAGUGUCAUUCCCAGCUCUUGGAACAGGAGGACUUGGCUACCAGCCUGCUGUUGUUGCCAAUGCAAUGUACAAAACUGUUGAGGAAUAUAGAAAAGCUCAUUCAAGCUCAAGUAUACAAGAAGUCAGAUUUGUCAUAUUCCCAUCCAAUCUGGAUGUGUUUAAGGUAUUUGAGGAUGUUGACAAGCAAAUCAAGUCAUCAAAUGCGGCACAACCUGGAAGAUCAUCAAACCAGUCUGGACGUGUACCUACGAUAUGUGUGGCAGAAAUUGCUCUACAGAAGGUGGACAUCAUCGUUAAUACUUCCAACAGGAAUCUGAAUCUCAAGCAUGGAGCUGUAUCUAAGUCACUUGUUCAAUAUGGAGGUGAUUCAAUUCAGAGGGAUUGUGAUGCAUAUAUUUUAAGAAAGACGCUACUUUUGGUUGGAGAGGUUGCUGUUACAAAAGGAGGGAAUCUUCCCUGCAAUAGAAUCUACCACUGUAGUUUGCCAACUUGUACACCAUAUGGGAAAACACUUAUGAAGGACAUGAUUGGGAAGAUGUUAGAAUCUGCAGAUAAAUACAAAAACACCAGCAUAGCAUUCCCUGCCUUAGGCACUGGCAAUCUUGGCUACCCAAGGGAAGAAGUUGCAAAGAUCAUGUUCAGUGCUGUUGCUGACUUUUGGAAGAAGAAUCCCAAAACAAGACUACAGGAUGUUCGUUUUGUCCUCUACAAAGGUGAUGAAAAAACUAUCAAGGCAUUUCAAGAUGAAGAAAAAUUGAGGGGAUCACCAGACCCACCUUUAGUACCACCCCGGUCCAGUAAACCAGCCCAUUUGACCAACAACAGUGGUGGUAAAAGUGCCCCAACUCCACCGCCAGCGGUGUUUCAUAUGGUUCCCGUCAAAGUUGUUGUCAAACAGGGCAACAUUGCUGAGGAAAAAGCACAUGUAAUCAUCAACCCAAUCAACACAGAUAUGAACCUGAAUAAUGGAAGUGUUUCAAGAGCUCUACGCAAAGUAGGUGGAUCAGCAUUUGAGGAGAAAACCAAGCAUUCAUCAAAAUGGUUGCAAGAGAGGAGAGUAGCUGAUGUUUUGAUGAAUAACGGUGUCAGAGUCUGCCAUGUGGAUCGCCGGUUUGUCAAAGAAAAUCAGUUUCAAGCCAUUCUCACUUGCCUGAAAUAUUCAGACAGUUUGUUGGAUAAAAUAGUCGCUUUCCCCAUUCUUCAAACAGGUGAUGUGUCAGAGGAUAUGGCUCAAGACUUACACGAAGCUCUUUGCCGAUUUGUCAAAUCAUCUGAAAAUCUGAAAAUCAAAGAAGUGCGUGUUGUGAUAUAUGAUCCAAGGUGCUUUGACAAAUUCACAAAAAAGUUUGGAAAACUGUGUGAAGAACAAGGAAAAGAGAAACAGGACAGAUCCCAUGGAAGUCAUCAGCUAGUCACUUUCACUCUUUGGUCGGACAAGAAAGAAUGUUUCGAGAGUGCGAAAAGAAAGCUGAAGCAAUUUUGUACCAGGGAAGAGAUAAAAACUUGUAUGAAAAUCCCGAAAAGCAUUACUAAAGAUGAUAUUUCCACCGUUGGAAGAGAAUAUCCAAAUGCUCGACUCUGCCUUAGCCGAGAUGGAAGUGGGAUAGAACUGGAGGGAAAACCGAAGAUGGUGCUUGAUGUUAUGGUUGCCUUUUACAAACAUUUCCAGAGCAACUUCGAUAAGUGGCAACAUCAUGUCAAUGAGGACGUAGAGAGACGAAUUUACUAUUCCAAACAAAUCCACCAGAAAAACUCUCUGCAACAGUCAGUUAUGGCAACAAGUUAUGCAAUCUGCCUGGCAACACAAAAGAAACUUCUCACUUUGGCUUAUUUCCAAACCAACAAUGUUCUCACCCUUCAGUAAUCUCUGGAC